ACUACCUGCACCUUUAACGUUGCUAUGUCGUGUGGCGGCUGCUCCGGGGCUGUGACCAAGGCCCUCAACCGUGUCGAUGGUGUGGACAAGGUUGAGAUCGACAUGGAGGGCCAGAAGGUGACCGUGACCGGGUCGGUGGCCAAGGAGGUCAUGUUUGAGACCAUCCAGAAGACGGGCAAGGCCGUGUCGUACGCCGAGUAGCGUCCGAGUUGCGUCCGAGUAAAACGACCGCGUGUCGCCACGCAAGCAAACUUGCCCAUCACUCAGGGAUAGGCUGCAAAGACCUCGGCGACGUCGAGCUGUAGCAAAUCACACUCGAUGGCCGUGUCGGGAGCAAGGCCCGGGAGGAGCGGGCGGAGGAUGUCGCCGAGCGAGGGGACCGUCCGUCCAAGGUCCGAGUGCACAAACUCCUUGAUGUAGGUGCCAGCUUGCGUCUCGAGCGAGAGCACAAAGUAGUGAUCGUUGAUGUACGACGCCGAGAGCGCGUGGAUCGUGCGGCUUCGCGCCAAGUUGGGCCGGCGGUGGAGGACCCGGACCGGCGUCGGCUGAGUGAUGGUGAGCGG